CGCCGACACUCCGCCGCCGCCUCCCACCGUCUCCGACAGCCCCUCCGAUAAGCUCACGGUUGUUCUUGACUUGGAUGAGACUUUAGUAUGCGCAUAUGAGUCAUCUAGCCUUCCUUCCCUUGUUCGUGAUCAGGCUAUUGAAGCAGGUCUGGAGUGUUUUGAGCUGGAAUGCAUAUCUGUGGAGAAGGAUGCUGAAGGAAAACAAAAGGUGAAUCAUGUCACUGUUUUUGAACGUCCUGGUUUGCGAGAGUUCUUGCAGCAAAUUAGCAAAUUUGCAAAUCUUGUUCUCUUUACUGCUGGUCUUGAAGGUUAUGCAAGCCCUCUUGUUGAUAGAAUAGAUGUUGAUAAUAAAUUUUCUCUUCGUCUAUACCGGUCUUCGACUGUCAGCACGGAAUAUCGGGAGCAUGUCAAAGAUCUUUCUUGCAUGUCAAAAGAUCUCUGCCGCAUUGUCAUUGUUGACAACAAUCCUUUCAGUUUCUUGCUGCAACCACUAAAUGGAAUACCAUGCAUCCCAUUUUCUGCAGGACAGCCUUGUGAUGAGCAGCUUAUGGGGGUUCUUCUUCCGCUUCUAAAGCACCUAUCAAUCCAGAGGGACGUCAGGCCUAUAUUGUAUGAAAAAUUUCACAUGCCAGAGUGGUUUAGACAGCAUGGAAUACCCAUCCAUGAUUGCACUUGGUGAAUUUGCUGAGUACCAUUGCAAAACUGUCCUUCUCGAGGCCUCUGAGCUGGCGCUGUCUUUCAUGCAGAUCUUUCUGAUCCCGAAAGCUUGCUGUACAUUAUCAUAUUAUCAGGUCCUGUUCAGGGAACUCUGGAGUCCAAUUAGACUUGUUCCUCCCAUUUUAAUAUAUAUACAUUAUUUCAGUGCUACUUAAACAUUGAAUAUAGCACUGUAUUUAAGUAGCAAUUAUCUGUUGAUUUUGUCAUGUAGUCAAUGCAUAAUAUUUUUUAUAUUUAUUGUUGAAAGUUUUCAUA